AUCUAUCAUCUGUCAUAUUGUCACAAGUAAAGGUUAUAAUUUGAAAAACUCAUUAUUUAUUGACUGCUACUAUUCAUUAUGAAGAAGGUUUCUAUAUCUGGAACUAAAUCAUUUGUAAGUGAAGAUCAUGUUUUUGUAACUCCAGUAAAGCUAGUAAAAACAGUAGAUGAUAUGCAGCAAUGGGAUAAAUCUGAAGCGUAUUUUGAGUAUUUAGGAUUCAUUUUUGCAUUAAACGAGUCAGUAAAAGGCAAAAGUAAUUCACAAGGAAGUGAAAAUGCAUCGGAAGCAGUAAAUAAUGUUGUAAAGCUCAUGUGUACGUUGAGCAAAUGGAUUGAUGAAAUACCACCCAUUCAGCAACCUCAAAGAUUUGGAAAUCAGGCUUUUAAAACUUGGUAUAACAAAUUGAAAAAUUCAGCUAUAGAAUUACUUCAAAGUAUUUUGCCAGAAGACUUGUUCAGAGCGAUUCCAGAAAUUAUGGUUUAUUUGGUCGAAGGUUUUGGAAAUUCUACUAGGAUUGAUUAUGGAACUGGUCACGAAUUAUCUUUUAUUAUGUUCCUAUGUUCAUUAUUUAAAAUUGGUUACCUGAAGGAGACUGACCAAGCUGCAAUAGCUUGUAAAGCUUUUGUAAGAUAUUUAGAUGUUGUACGAAAACUGCAAAUAACUUAUCGUAUGGAACCAGCCGGUAGUCAUGGAGUUUGGAGCUUAGAUGAUUAUCAAUUUGUUCCAUUUAUUUGGGGAAGUUCUCAAUUUGUUGCAUUUUUAGGAAAUCCUAAAUUUGAAACUACUUGUUUCUUAAAAGAAGAUAUUGUAAAUGCAUAUGCUGAUGAAUAUAUGUUUUUAAGCUGUAUAAGAUACAUUAAUCAAGUUAAAAGUGGGCCUUUUGCAGAACAUUCUAAUCAGUUAUGGAGCAUUAGUGGAGUUCCAAGUUGGUCGAAAAUUAACAGUGGUUUAAUUAAAAUGUAUAAAGUUGAAGUACUUAGUAAAUUUCCAUUGGUACAACAUAUCGUUUUCGGAUCUCUUUUCUCAUUAAAGCCAGCAGGAACUGGGGCAAGCAUUAGGAGGCCAGGGUUAAAUGUGUCCUCUGCAACCCAAUUAAGUGAGUCGAGUUUUAAAAGUCCAAUCAGAGAUUCCACCUCUACUUCCUUAAGUACCAGCAAGAAAAGCGAAGAAAACGUAUAAGGAAGUUUGUAAUAUUAUAUA